AUGGAUCUUACUCGAUUUCCUUUUGAUAACGUUACUUGUGCUCUAACUUUUGAAUCAUUUAAUUAUAAUACUGAUGAAGUUGAAAUGUUUUGGUCUAGUGUUGGAGUUGCCAAAAUGAGAGAUCAUAUAGAAUUAGCUGAUUAUUUGCUCAUUGAUAUAAUUCCAGACCGCCAAACUGUGCCUUAUCCGGCUGGUUAUUGGCAUGAAUUAACUAUGCGAUUUCACUUUAAGCGAAGGGCUGGCUGGUAUAUACUUCAAGCCUACUUGCCAACUUAUUUAACUAUUUUUAUCUCAUGGAUCUCUUUUGUUCUCGGUACUCAAGCCAUUCCUGCACGUACAAUGUUAGGAGUAAAUUCAUUAUUGGCUAUGACAUUUCAAUUUGGCAAUAUUAUUAGAAAUUUGCCUAAAGUCAGUUAUGUAAAGGCUAUAGAUAUUUGGCUUCUUUCUUGUAUGACUUUUGUAUUUUUUUCUUUACUUGAAUUAGCUUGGGUUGGUUAUUUAAGUAGAAAAGAAGGGGAAAGUAAUAGAAAAACUGAAAAAGAUACGGCAUCAACUACUGCUGCUCAACAACAAUUAAAAACUGUUUCUACACAAAAUUGGCAAAUACCUUUUGAAGAAAGUGAAGUUAACCGAAAAGAAGAAAAUAUUAAUUCUCUUAGAAGAAGAAUGCCACUCCAACAACAACCACCUUUACCUAUAAACGAAGACGAAACAGCAGCCCUUUUAGCCAGAACAAACGAUUAUGGUUAUAUUCCCCCAGGUUAUGGAUUAUUAAAUGGAAAUUUAUUAAAAGAACCCCAAAAACAACAGCAGCAACAAUUAAUUUUAUCUUUUUAUUCCCCCCAAGGAAUGGAUAAUUCUUUAUUUUCUAAUGAUGAUCAAUUAAUAAUACCUCAAUUAAAAGAAAAUAUUAAAGAAGAAGAGGAGGACGGGGGAAAUUCUUUAUUAAAUAAAAAUAAAAUAUUAAAUCGUUCGAGAAAAGAACAAUUAGCUUUAAAAAUAGAUAGAUAUUCUGCACUUUUAUUUCCUGCUUUAUUUGCUCUUUUUAAUGUUUUUUAUUGGUAUCAUUAUAUGACUGAAUAA